CAAAAGGCUGCUGUCCACGAAGUAUAUGACAUCUCAAAAUAUAUUACCUUGAAUAUCUUACAGAUACAUACUUCAUAGGCUACAUCCUUAAACAUGGACAUUCAGGUAGUGGGCUUGCUGAAGUCUGCCGAGAACCGCGCAGUGCAUCAGAUCCCUUUCCAAGUGGACCAUCAAGGUCACGCUAACGUGAGCAAGUACUUCGUAAAUCAUGAUGAUCCCAGCUUGGAAGGCACAAUGGUAAGUACGUUUCGAGGGCGCGAGUUGAAGGGAAAAGCGUACGACCUGCAAUCCAACAAUAUGGUUGGGGUGCUACUGAAGGAGAAGAGACGACCAACUACCGACGUCGAAGAGAGGGAGUUUCACGUGCACACUGCGUUUGAUUCUGUGCAUGUUUGGAAUCAUGAUAGUCCGCCCGAUGCCUCCCACGAUUUAGACUGGACACUGAACAAGUGGCUGCCCAUUUCUGCAGCGCUUCACGAUCCAAUCGAAUAAUUGCGAACGAUCGGCUGCAACUUCUAAAUAAGGGAAUGCUGUUACCACGUGCGUUUGCUGCAAGUGAGCACACAUGCAAAAUGCCAGGGUAGAUGAGUGGAAUGUAGCUAUUUUCGUAUGACUGAUGAGAAUUGAGGGCGUAUUCGGGGCGAUCUACAUCCUAUUGUGAUAUGAAGCAAUGCCAAACUUCGUAAGGGAGUUUUUGUCACCGAAGUUCUGGAUAGCGGAGCAUAUAGUCUUACACAAGCUUCGAGCAUGCGUACAUAUGAACAGUGACAUACUGGGUGAAGGUACACUGGGCGAAGUUCUGUUCACCUAUCGUUCGCCUACUCCAUGAUCCUGGAGGAACGGGGUGAGACGCUUUGAACUUCCUGUCAGCUCUCACACACCAUACUACAAAAGUGAUCGUUAUGAGGGUACCUAUACCUCAUUCUGAGAUCGACUGCUGAACAGGAACACGAUCUUCUGGGGAGGAGCACAACCAGUGCUCAUACGUGGGCUUUGUCAAAUAGCUUAACCUCGGAAGUUCAAACAUAUCCCCUCUUAGCGGAUUGUCGAUCAUUGCACCCUGUCACUAAAUUGUCACCAUAGCAUAUGAGAUAGCCUCAUUUAAUUUCGGAUUCAAUCUCACGAUGAAAGUAAACAUCGAGGUAGUAGAGUAACCAUAACAUUUUUGUGCAUGUCCCUGUUAGUAAAUGAACGUGCCCAAAAUUUAAUGUCAUCACAUACGACAGUAUUUAUUGAUAAGAGCUUCGGGGAAAACAAGUCAAUUCCGCGUCAGCAAGGGCUUCAACGAACAACAGGAGUAUAAAGCAGAAGUGCCAGACUCGGCACUUUCUUUUUUAUUUAUGUGGGCUAUCUCGUAUUUCCAUCCGAACGAUGGUUAUUUAUGCUUAGGCUGUAUUUUCUGCUCAAUUUACGAGGCUACAUUGGCGAUCUCGGAUAUUAUUUCUCGUCUCUGGUGCAAGCAGCUCCGGGAGUGUGAUCGGGUUAGUACUCUGCUGCCGAUCUGAAUUUCCUCCGGAUGCUGUCUUGGAAACCCACUGGCUCUGGGAUGUAUGGUCCUUCGUUUGGUAUGAAAACUGCCUCAGCACCCUUGUCACCGCUGUACACCUGACGUUCUCUCGUAUUCUGACCCUCCAGAUACGAGCGGUUAUUUCAUUGACUUGCGCAAUAUGGUUCCUUAUCCUUACGCGGAAAGUGCUACUGCAUAACUUGACAUGUGCCGGCGGGGUCCGCGAUGGCACCAUCUAUUUUGUAGAUAGCUUCGCAAAGCGUAUCCAAGCUACCCCCAGGAGCUCUAUGUAUCUCGUGCUCUUCAUUGCAAAGCACUUCGCUUGUGCUAUGUGCUCGCCCAGUGUUAUCAUUCUUCUUGUCUCGAAGCUGUUUCGGACUCGGUCCCGCCAUAUAACUUUGCGAGUAAGCUUGACUAUGGGAUUUGUUCAAAUUCUCCAUGCUCUGUGCGCUCCGACUCCAUCCAUAUUCAUUUACCUCCGAUGGAUACAUUUCGGUGCCUGUCAUCGAAUCACUACAUGGACGCGACGCGUGGUCAUUUCUUGGCCAAGAGAGUGCAUAGUUAGAUUUGCUUGAGCUCAACUUUUGCGGAGCAGAAUCAUAAUAUUGACUCGAGCGUGACUUUUCGUGCCAGUCAUUGGCGUCUCGAGAAGUCGAGAAGGGGUGGGAAGAAAGCAUGCUGAAGACACGGGUAGCAGCUGGUGCGUUGGCAUUUUGGGUUGCCUGGUUGAUUGCUUCGCUAUUAGCAGUUUCUGAUUGUUGAUUGUCGGGUUUGGGGAUAGUCACAUUACCAUGUGGAUCCGUUGGAAUUACGUACGAUGUACGUUCAUUAGUCACUGGACAAACCUCUUGCUCCCCCACGUCCAUGUUUUCAUUCUGGUCAUACGUUUGUGGUUGGCG